AUGACAGAGCCUUUUGGUGGGAACUACCAGCAGCUCCUACUGAAAGGCGCAGAGAAUGGGCGCCUCAAGGCGCACCUCCAGAGAACCGAUGCCCGCCCUGCGUCCGGAGAUCGAAGCCGAAACGGCGGCACAGUCCCCCUACGUCGAGAACCCGGGCCGGCUCCGCGGCCAUUCAGACAGGUACCGAGUGGUGCUCCCCCCUCCAGGAUCAACAACCCCCAAGGGUCUCGCUCGUUCUUCGCAUCACAGCCGGCAGCCGUUGUUCCACCAGCAUGGAGCACCCAAAAGAGCGCUACUGUGAUCAUCAGGGGCGUGCCCCCGAAGGCCACGCCGUGGGACAUCAGACAGUUCUUUGAGCAAUUCGGCAAGGUUGUGUGGGUUGAGCUUGACGAUGUCUCGAGGGGCGGCGUGCGAUCUGCCAAGGUCCGCUUUGAACCUCCUCCGACCGACCUGAGCUUCUUCCAACAAGGCGAAUGUCGACUCGGUAUUGGAGGAACCGUGUCCCGAACUCGUGUUGAGUUCCCGAAGCAAUACCCCGAUGAGCCCAUGCUGACAACACCCCUUGGGAACUCGUGCCCGGCUUUGCUGGUUCUCAAGCCCAACAAGCUGACCUUCGGUCUCCUGACCCAGCCCACCACCUUCAUGCGCAAGAAAGAAGUCUUGGGACUGAGCGGCGAGUUCGAACUGAAGUUCACGGCCGAUUUUAGACGAAAGCGGCUGGUAAUCCAUUUCCCGCUCCUCGUCCAUUGUGAGCAGCAGUGCUACCGCAUCGAUAUUAAGUUCUCCAUCAUCCGAAGCAUCCAUCGGAUCACCACCGGCAAGGAACGCUCAGCCCUGGUUAUCUCCGUUGUUGAUCCUCCGCUGGUCCGCAGGAAACACAUGGACCCAGAUGGGCACGCCUGGGCCGACCGGUUGGUCUGGGGAGAAGACGAGCUCUGGCAGAGAGCCGUGGAAAUCAAACUCCAGUCCCAGAACCCCAGAGCCAAGGCGGUGUCGCUUGAUGAAGAGCCAAACAUUAUCGACCUUGGCCGUUGGACCACCUACUGGAUUGAUCUAGAUCAGCCCGCGGAGGAGAUGUGGUCGGCGAUCCAGACGCACCUCCACGACUGGAAUAUCCAUACGCAUCUCGACGCCAGCUUCGCUCAAGUCGAAAGCAAGAGUGCAAAGCUCUGGGAGCUGUUGGACGAUCCGCCUGCUGGAGCGUCGACCGAAACAGCCUCUCCGUGGAAUAACGACCUGGCGCUCCUCUCCCCCACGGGAAAGAUCUCCCUGCCCUUUGAUGUCCGAUACCAAUUGGAAGUCUGUAUCUCGCAUGAGAUUCUGUGCGAGUACAAUAUUCAGCGCGACUUCCUCGAGAAGCUGCUUGAGCUCGGUCCCAACCGAGCCCGACUGAUCCUUGAGUACGCUGCGGACAAGGGAGAGACCAUCUACAACCCCUUGGAGCUGCUCAAGGAUCCAGGCGCCUUGACCUACUAUCCGACCACCCUUCACAUCCCCGACUAUUGCGCCCUGGUUCGCAAGGUGAUCGUCACUCCGACGCGAAUCUACUUCAACACCCCCACCGUCGAGACCACCAACCGCAUCGUCCGCCGCUACAAGCAGGUCCAGGACCACUUCAUCCGCGUCCAGUUCACUGACGAGUUGUUGGAGGGACGUAUCAGGGCCUGUGAAGUCGAUCGAGAUGACGAACUCUACACGCGCGUGUACCGGGUCAUGAUGCAGGGGAUUCGCAUGGGCAGGUGGCACUGGAAGUUUCUCGCCUUCGGGAACUCGCAAAUCCGAGAGAACGGGGCUUUCUUUUUCUGCCAGGCGGAAGGCUACCCGGACAUCACCUGCGAUACGAUACGCCAGUGGAUGGGGAACUUCAGCCACAUCUCUACCGUAGCCAAACUCGCUGCCCGCCUGGGUCAGUGCUUCUCGACUACGCGCCUCCUGCGAUGCAUCUCGUCUCCCUGGAUAGUCAAGAUCCCGGACGUGGAGAAGGGCGGCUUCUGCUUCACCGACGGGGUCGGGAAAAUCUCCAUGGUCCUGGCCUCCCUUGUAUCCCAGGACUGGAAGAUCUAUCCUCCCCCGUCGGCAUUUCAGUUCCGCAUGGGCGGCUGCAAGGGCGUGCUGGUGACUUGGCCUGACGCCAAAGGCAUGGAAGUCCACAUCCGGCCGUCUCAGGAGAAGUUUUCCGCCGAGUACAACGGCUUGGAGAUCAUCCGGUGUUCACAGUUCUCGUGCGCAACACUGAACAGACAGACCAUUUUGAUCCUAUCGUGCCUUGGGGUCCCCGACGACGUCUUUACUAGCAUGAUGGACGAGCAAAUUUCCAAUUACGAUGCCGCCAUGACAGACAAGGACAAGGCUGUCGAGCUGCUCAGCUCCUAUGUGGACGAGAACAUGACGAGCACCACCAUCGCGAGGAUGGUGUUGAACGGUUUCAUGCAUACGCAAGAGCCUUUUGUCCGAACCCUCCUUCAACUCUGGAGAUCAUGGUCCAUCAAAGGUCUUAAAGAGAAAGCACGACUUAUCGUGGACCAGGGCGCUUUUGUGCUUGGCUGCGUGGAUGAGACGGGGUCUCUCAGAGGCCACUCAAAGGCCACCGAAGGCCGCAAGAAGAUUGCGCAGCAUCAUCUGCCGCAGAUCUUCCUGCAAGUUCCCGAUCCCAGAGAUCGAGGCGCUUACAAGGUCAUCACUGGCCUCUGCCUUGUUGGGCGGAAUCCCUCACUGCACCCCGGCGACAUCCGCGUGGUAGAGGCCGUGGACCUCCCCCAGCUGCGGCACCUUCGAGAUGUCGUGGUCUUCCCGCUCAGUGGGGACAGGGACAUACCGAGCAUGUGUUCAGGUGGCGACCUGGAUGGAGACGACUUCUUCGUGAUUUGGGACCCGAAACUGAUCCCGCCCGAAUGGAGCCAUCCGCCCAUGAACUAUAGCGCGCCCAAGUCGCUGACCGAACCGAGAGCGUCGACGGCUAAGAGCUUAGCAACUUUCUUCGUUCUGUUCAUGAAGAACGACAGGCUGCCGCUGAUCGCACAUGCCCACCUCGCCACGGCCGACUACGAAGUCGAGGGCGCGAAGCACCGGAAAUGUCUUCAACUCGCUGAAUUGCAUUCAACCGCGGUCGACUACGUCAAGACGGGCGUUCCCGCCGAGUGGAACAAGAAGCUUGAUCCCCGCAAGUACCCCCAUUUCAUGGAGAAGCCCAAGAGCAAGUCCUACCACUCGACUAGCGUCUUGGGCAAGCUCUACGACAUGGUGGACAGGGUAGUGUUUGACAACAGUGACAAUUACAAGCUGCCGUUCGACGACCGCAUUCUCUCGCGGUUCCACCCGCUAGGUAGCAAUAUUCUCAAGGAGGCCCGAAAGAUCAAGACCCAGUACGACAUCGCCAUGCGCAGGAUCAUGGGCCAGCUCGAGAUCCGGACCGAGUUCGAGGUCUGGACGGCCUUUGUACUGUCCAAGCCCAGGGUCGGCACCGACUACAAGGUGCAGGAAAAGGUCGGCCGCGAGGCAGCCGGCCUCAAGAAGCAGUUCCGAGAUCUGUGUCUGAAGGUAGCAGAGGAGCAUCACUUCGACCGCCUAGAAUUUGCUGCCGCCAUGUACCGCGUUACGUGGGAGGAGACACGCAUCGCGCUCUACGAAGCCCGCCAGCCGCACGUGCUUCCCGACGGGACGGUAGGCUUGCGGCGGAUCUCGGCGCGCUCCAUGCCGCUGAUCAGCUUCCCGUGGCUGUUUCCGAACGAGCUGGGCCGCAUUGCCAUUGGCGCCGAGAGGCUGUCUAGUCUGAACGACUUUGUGGCCCGCCCGGCGGCAUCGGCCAAACAACCAAAACUCAAAGGCAGCUGCGGAAUAUCGCAGCCGUCGGAUGCGGAGGUUGACCUGGCGGCGAUGGAAUACACACGCACGAGUGACGGGCAGUUCAUUCACCGCGGGGAGAUCCUGCAUUUAUUCCGGCACGAUGAUGAGAGGGAGGAGGACUUUGACUGUGGUGAUGGCGUAGUGGGUUCUGGCUCACCGCCUGACUCGGACUCUGAGGAGGCAUCAGAGAAGAAGUUUUCUGAGGACUUACCGACGAACGGGAAGCAUCGUAACGACUUUCCGGUUCUUGUGGACGCGGGCACAGUCUUGGACUGCGAAGACAGCACCGCCGCCUCUUCUUCGUCUACCACAUCUGCUGCCCAGGAGAUGACUGUCAACAAGCAAUGGGCUUUGCCUCUGAAAACGGUCGUAAAGGGCGGCGACUCCCCCGUCCCUGACCUCCUGUCGUCGGACACAGAUACACAGUCCGAAUGGUCCCCAUGCCUCACCCCGGACCGGAUUGCCGCCCAGCAGCUGGAUUCGCAGACAGAGACAACCAAUCAGCAAGAGAAAACCACCGAAGAGGCUCAAUCAACGGCAGGCGUUGGAAAGGACGACGCCGAGCCUCAGGAGGAAGCGCCCUUCCAGCGUGAGUCGGGCAAGAAAUCGGGCGAGGAAGCGGAGUACGAAGAGGAGGUCGUCGAGAUUGAGACCGAGACGGCGCUGGAGCGGGCGGCUGCGCGGUUUGCGUGA